AUGAACACGCUCUCGGUCCGCGCCUUCAUCCCGCCCCUGACGCGACGAGCCCUGACGCGACGAGCCCUGACGCGACGAGCCCUGACGCGACGAGCCCUGACCCUCCCCACCCUCCGCUGCUAUGCCGUCCAGGCACCGGGCCCGCCCACCGUCGACAUCUUCAGCACCCACCACAAGUGGGCGCAGAAGGAACGUGCCGCCGCAGACAAGGAAGCAAGCCGCAGCGUCGACUACCUGAGGGAUGAGGUCGCUUCACGGCUGUGUGAACGCGUCCUGGACAUCAAACGCCACUUCCCACACGUCCUGGACCUGGGCGCAAACGCCUGCAAUCUCGCCCGCGCACUCACCCUGCCCUCCCCAGACGAGCCGGACAAGGGCCCGCGCUCGAACCGUGUUGGCAAGCUCACCGCCGCCGACUCUUCCGCCACGCUCCUGUACCGCGACGCCGACCUGCCCUUCAACCACGAGAUGGAAAUCCUCAGGCACGUCCUGCCCACCUCGGAGCUGCUCCCCUUCGAGCCAAACACGUUCGACGCCGUCUUCAGCAGCCUGAGCUUGCACUGGAUCAACGACCUCCCCUCCGUCCUGGCCCAGGUCAACAACGUCCUCAAGCCCGACAGCCCCUUCCUCUCCGUCAUGAUGGGCGGCGACACCUUGUACGAACUGCGCACCUCGCUGCAGCUGGCAGAGCAGGACCGACGUGGCGGUGUCGCUACCCACACCUCGCCCCUGGCAGACGUAAAGGACGUCGGCGGUCUGCUGCAGAAAGCAGGCUUCAACCUCCUCACAGUAGACGUCGACGACAUUGUCGUCGACUACCCAGACACCUUUGCCCUCAUGAAGGACCUGCAGGCCAUGGGCGAGUCCAACGCAGUCCUGGCCCGCGAAAAGGGCGCCAUACGCAGAGACGUCCUCCUGGCCGCGGACGCCAUCUACAGAGAGCUGCACGGCAACGAGGACGGCACGCUUCCGGCCACCUUCCGUCUGAUCUACAUGAUCGGCUGGAAGCACAGCCCUGAUCAGGCCAAGCCUCUCGAGCGCGGCACCGGCAUGUUCAGCAUCAAGGACUACUUGGAGAAGAACGGCGAGGGCGGCGAGGGCGGCGAGGGCGACAAGGGCGGCGAGGGCGGCGAAGGAAAGCGCUAG